AUGGAUUUUCGGAGGUCUCAUGCUGGCAUCAAGAAUGACUGAAAAGGGAACCGUGCAGCCACACAUGACCUUCACCCUGCAUCCAAAGCAAGGCAGGAGGCCACCCCAACAAGUAUUAAUUUCGUUAUCGCUCAAGUGCAAGCAGCCAUGCCAAUGAUAUCAUGCUGAACCCUACAAUCCUGGCCUUGGAGCCAUGAUUCAUCCCCGCAACCACAUAAAUAGAACAGGUAUCAAAUCUCCGGUUGGAUCCACCAAUUUGGCCAGCAGUGAGAGGGCGUUGCACAUCCAAUCAUGUUGGCCCUGUCCCUUUCCGGAGUCUUUUUCCUUCUCGCUCUGUUGGUCAUUUACCGGCUUUUUUUCCAUCCCCUCCACAACUUCCCCGGCCCGAAGGUGGCUGCCAUCUCCGGCCUCUACGAAUUCUACUUUGAUGUGGUCAAAGAUGGGUCGUAUCUCUGGCAAAUUGAGAAAAUGCAUCUCAAAUACGGCCCCAUUGUGCGCAUCAACCCUAGUGCGCUGCACAUCAAAGAUCCUUCAUUCUUCAGUGAGAUCUACUCUGGGAUAACGCGCCCACGAGACAAACUUUUGCCAUCAACUCGAAUAUUCGGAUCUCCCACUUCAAUCAUCUCAACAACAGAUCACUAUCACCAUUCCAAGCGGCGCAGGAUUUUUCAAAGGUAUUUCACCAAAGACUCCGUCCGGCGAGCACAACAUUCCCUGCAUGAGAACGCGAAUAAGCUGGUUGACGCGUUGAAUAACAAUGCAAAAUCAUACCAGCCGCUUAACUUGAGCGCUGGGUUUGCAGCUCUAACUACAGAUGUGAUCACGCCGCAUCUUUGUGGAAGCAGUAUCGGCUGUCUUAGUCGUGAUGACUUCCAGAAUGAUGUCCAGGAACAGGUGCAGGAAAUCGAGAGAUUUUCUCAUAUCAAUCGCUUUGUACCAUUCCUUGAGAUGCCGCGUGCCAUUUCAAUCAUUCUUGUGGCUCUGUCCCCGCGAGCCAGAAAGUUUGCCACGUUGGAAUGGAAGAUCCAUCGCUUUUUGAUGACUGCAGUUAAUCAGAACAACCUGCCGAAAAACAUCUUGUCAGAAGCAUUCACAAAUGUGGAUGGGAGCUUCUUGCUUCGAGCUGGUACGGAGACAUCUGCUGCGGCUUUAAGCGUGACGAGGUUGCGCGAAGAGCUUAGAUCUGUGAUGCCUCUACCGUCGAGUUGUCCGUUACUGUCUGACCUUAACUCGUUGCCGUUUCUGGACUACGCCUUUCUGGGGGUUCUCGCGCGCACUGCACGGAUCCCGCGCAAUGAAAAUCUUUACUACAAAGGCUGGAUGAUACCAAAGGGUACCCCCAUAAGCCAAAUCAUUCAUUUCGUACACAUGGAUCCGCAGAUUUUCCCUGAUCCACAUACAUUCUCGCCUGAUCGCUGGAUCGAAGCUACUCAGCGACAGGAAAAUCUCGAAAGUAUGAUGAUGAUCUUCAAUAAAGGAAGCAGACAGUGCUUAGGUCAACAGUGAGUGGGAAUUCUAUCUCGACGAGCUUUAUCCUUAUUCAUCACUGCUAACCCAUGUUGGAAGCAUGACAAUGGCAGAGAUGUAUUUGGUCGUGUCCAAGAUUGUACGCUGUGUUGACAUGGAUCUUUAUGCAACAUCUGCUGAUGAUGUCUUGCCUCAUCGAGACCAUGGUUUUGCGGCUCCGAGAAAUGCCCGCCGAGGAAUGCUGGUCACUUUAUCCAGUCUUGUAACUAGUUAGGCAUUGCCUUUAUAAAGUAACAGUUGGUAUCAGUA